CACAUGGUAUUUCUCUCUCUCGACUCUUUCUUCUCCCUACGGGUUGCUUGCCAGCCGAGCCAAUGCAGUCAUGCCUGUCGUUCGUUCUCCCCACGACUGCUCGCGUCUCUGCCACCGCGCCCAGUCCUGCCUGCUUGCCGUUGCUCUCAGCCUCACCCACGUCCGAUCUGUUUCCUCCAUCUCGCGUCCGUUUCUUCUUGCGAUCAAUGCAGCCGCCAUUAAUGGCCGGAAACGGAAGCUUCAAUGCGUUCAAUCAGCCGCCGCAACUUAAUUCUCCCCUAUGUGAUUCUCUCCUUUUCCCAGCUAUAAAGCGUGCUCGCCAGCCCUCAUUUCCAAAGCCUCAACGCUCAAUCUCUGCUCUCCUCCUCGCACACGCUUGCACAGCCUCUGUCAACGCUGUUCUGUACACUGCCGCUGCUCGCCGGUGCCGAGUUUCUUCGCCGACGCGCUGCCGCGAUGCCACUCGAAGUUGUCGCCGUUUGGACGUCGCUGUAAUUCGUCCAGGAUUCCUCUACUGCACGCCUAGAACCUCGCCUCUCGACCACCUCCCAUCGUGCUUGCCCCAGUUCUGCUGUUGCCGCAUCCUGAGGUGCGUGUACCUAUUAGAGGCUGAUUGUGUGAUAGAGGAUCCAAAUUCCUUUGAGGAAGACCCACAUGACCAUUUCGAGCAAGGCAAGUAGAUUCUCCAUCUACAUUUCUAUUUGUACCCAAGUAAUGCAUAUAAUAAUGUUUACUUUUCGGAUAUUUGCAUAAUUUGAUGGGAUUUGCCUAAAUAGGAUUCCCUAGAAGUACCAACCAUAUUCCUUGAUUAUCUUGGGAUAAAUGCUAUGCUUAGUAAUUUUUGCUAUUGCUCAACUUGACAAUUAAGAUGUCACUCUUUUAAUGAUACUAUGUUCCGGAAAUGAAGUUUAUAUUAUGAUGUUAACCCGAUGGUUAAACAAGAUCAUUUCGUAUUAAAUGGAACAUGGAGUGACCAUCCAGGAUAACAGUGCAACCACGAGUGCUAUAAUGGCUCUAGCUUUGGUAAUUAGCUCUAUAGACUUAGUGCUUAGCAACCGUACCUGAAAGAUGGGCAAGAGGGGGCGGCAGUGGUUUGGUGGCAGCUCAUGUUAACAUGGGGUGGUAGUCUUGGCUAAGUUACCUCGCCCAGAGGGCCAUCAAUACUGACGUGGAAACCUUAGCGGGUGGCUUUGUACUAAGGAUAUUUUGUGAAAGCCUCAUAGUGGAUCCCUAGCCAUUCACCUAGGAAGUGUUUACGGGUCCGAUCAACCUAGGCUAGAUGGUAUAUACGGCUUGUGGGUAAAGUUGUAACACCUCUGCAGAGUGUAAAACUGAUAUGUCAGUCGUGCCCACGGUUAAGAGCAACCUAGACCCUCACAUGAUAAUCGAACGUAAAGAUGGAAAAUAAAUUGUGAUCCUAUGAUCCACAAGUGGUUUGCUUAAGUGAUUUCACUUAAGUGUUUUGAGAUAUAAUCAUGUACUUAUGUUUAAUUGGGAAUUUUGGGAUACACUUACAAUUAGUAAGUCAGGCGUUGCUAAUAAAAUAUUGAUCAACUAAAAUGCUUACCGCAUAUCCAUAGUCUACCUUGUUAACUUUGCAUUAUUCCUCCCACCUGCUAAGCCCCGACCAUAAGUGAGCUCACCCCUUGCUAAUAUUUUGAUCAGAGGGUGAUGAUGAAGACAUUUUAGAUGACGUUGAUGAAUAUUGAGUCUAACGAUGUGUCAGUCAACUUCCUGUGGAAGAGUGUCCAUGUUUAAUUCCGUCGUACUUUGAUAAUGAUACUUGUUAAGAUACUGUGAUCUGGAUGAUGUAAUAAAGUUACUCUACUCCCUUUUACGCCUUUAUUGCAUUGUCUUUUGAUAUAUUACACUUGUGACGUCAAUAUAUGUGUGGAAAAUGGAUCUUGGCACACCUAUGCUAUGCAUUUGGUUUUGCCCAAAAACCGGGUGUGACAACGAACCACCUUUGUACAAAAUUACAAUCAUGCCCCUCAAGAUUUUACAUACAUCAUUUACAAAUGACAUUAGGUCAACAUUGUAUUUUCUCCUUUCUUUGCUAUGGACGUCUUUCCUUCGUCGUGUGAAAGCCUCUCCGUGCCAAAGCUUGUAGCUUUGAGUUUUAUCCUUUCCGACCGUGUGUGCUGAGCGAAGCUUUUUCCCUUGCGCUACUUUGGCUUUUGUCGAUAGCUCUUUGGAUGAGGCUUAGCUUCGUCUGAUGUUAGUUGUGUACCUAAAACACAUUUGUUUACUCGGAAACAAAGGUUAUUUGAGGACCUUCGGUAAAGGUAGACCACCAACUGUAGCCCCUUGCGGGAUGAGUUCGGUCAUUCAUAACGAGCUUAGAUUGCAAAUAAUAUUAUUGGGACGCCUUGCGGCGAAGGUCCAAAAAACACCUUCCCGAAGUUCGUUAUGAAUCGAGAGCACGAGAUCACUCUGACUGGUGGGGUUUGGUGCUCAGUGAGUGUAACGGUUAAAUUUCGAAAGUUGCCCAUAUUAAAGGAACAGUACCCGACAACAUUUUACUUGGUAUAUGUUGCUUACACUUGCUACCAAAGCUCUCCACUACUUUUGAACUAGCCUUAGCCAGUUGCAAAGCUCAUACUUUUUGCUAGAGAUGGCCGAGGAAGAAACUGUCCUAGGGGUGCUCUUGGCACCAUCGUCAGAUGCGCAAGAGACGAGGGUUGAGAACUUGCCUACAGCAGUAGAAGUUACGGUCUCUCAGGCCGAAGCUAGAGUCGAGGAUCCAUUUGAGGAUACUGAUGAUAUUGAUAUUGAGGAAGACAACACUACAUCCUACGAAGCCAAGUCACGUGAACUACGAAAAAUCAAGGAUCAGGGAGGACACAUUGAGGUACUUAACCGCUUUGGUUAUAUUGACAAUGUUGAUUGGGUGCAACUAGGAGGCGAUG